AUGUGGCGGCCGGUGCUGUCGAACAUGGGCAUCUCAGGGGCGCUCGGCGCGGUGUCUGCGGCGGCGCUGAAGACCGUGGGGCGCAGCCUGGCGGCAUUCCUGGGCCUCACAUUCGUGAGCCUGCAGGUCCUGACAUACAGCGGCUUUGUGACGGUCAACUGGACGGUGGUUCACAGGAGGGUGAGGGAGGCGCUGGACACCACCAAGGACGGGCGGCUGGACAUUGACGAUUACAGGGCCUGGCUCAAGAAGGGCCUGGUGGUGCUCAGCCAGGGCCUUCCCAGCACGUCGGGCUUCUUGGUGGGCUUCAUGCUCGGCCUGCGCGUCUUUUAA